ACCAACCGUCACGGUACCUGAACAAGACCCUCGAGAUUCUGAAUCCGAGCAAGAUUCUCCACAGAUCACCCCAGAACUCACCCCGGAACUCAUAUCGGAUGGCAACUCUCGAGGUUCAAGAAGCUUGCAAGCCACUCCAGAGACUCCCGCUGAGAUCGGCUAUCAUACUCGAUCCAUUCCACGCCUAUCGGGAGGUGAAGGCAUCGAAGCACCCAGAGACCCUCCCACCACCACAGUCCAGAGCCGGCUCCAGCCGACUCCCCUCGCCCGCAGCCGUUCUGCUUCUGCUUCGCCCAGUCGGCGGCCAGCUCGACAACAGCUGAACCUCAUCCUUGUCAGGAGCGGGUACCAGUCGCUGGGCUCACUUCGCGACGUGAAGGCACGUCGUUGGAUCUACCGAAAGUCGUGCGACGGCACGAGACCCCUCGUCCUCUACUGGCAGGGGCCGCGGCUUGUCGGUAUCUGGAACCGCGAGCCCGGCGAGUGGCUGUUCCAGGACAGAAAGUUCGUCGAGGGCGCCAGACAUGCUGCCGUGUGCCCCAAGGGUGUGGAC